UUUAUGGCAGACUUGCCACGUGAUAGAGUGACAGCUUAUGAACCACCGUUUACGUCGGUUGGCGUCGAUUAUUUCGGUCCAAUUGAAGUAAAACAAGGCAGAUGUCAUGUUAAACGUUAUGGUUGCAUAUUUACGUGCUUAAACACUCGUGCGUUGCAUAUUGAGAUUGCACAAUCUCUCAACACGGACUCAAUGCUUAACGCGUUGAGAAGAUUUGUAAGUUUAAUGGGAUGUCCACGAGAGAUCCGUAGUGAUAAUGGUACCAACUUUAAGAAAGCUGACAAAGAAUUAAAAGCCAGCAUAGACGAAUGGAACCACUCAAACAUCGAGAAUUUCUGUACACAAAGAGGUAUUAAUUGGGUAUUUAAUCCCCCAGGAGAAAGCCAUAUGGGAGGAGCGUGGGAAAGGAUGAUCAGGUCCGUGCGUCAGAUCUUAAGAGCGUUGUUGAAGGAGCAAAUUGUUUGUGACGAGGUGCUUUCCACAAUCAUUGCCGAAGUUGCGAAUAUACUCAACUGUAGACCACCUACAAGAAACAGUGAUGACCCAAGAGAUUCGGACCCCCUGACACCAAAUCACCUUCUACAUCUACGACCUUGUUCUUCUUUACCACCCGGCGUGUUUGGGAACGAUGACAAGAAUACGCGGCGUCAGUGGAGACAGGCACAAUUUCUAACCAAUAUGUUUUGGAAAAGAUGAAUCAAGGAGUACCUUCCUUCGUUACAAAGGCGACAAAAAUGGAACGAACUUCGGGAUAAUUUAAAGAUCGAUCACGUCGUACUUUUGGCCGAUGAGAAUUAUCCGAGAGGGCAAUGUUCGUUAGCUCGAGUGGUAGAAGUGAUGAAAGAAAAUGAUGGAAUGGUUCGUAGUGCCAAGAUAAAGACGUGUUCGACAGUAGUGACCCGUGCGGAACGGAAGCGUCGAGGAGAAGUGAAGACAACAACUGCUAUGUUGGAACGCCCGAUCACGAAGCUGUGUCGUCUGGAGAUGGACAACAUUUGAACUAGCAGGGAAGUAAACUAUCAUCAUAACGGUAGCUAUUUAAGUUGUGUAGUAAAUGAAUCUUAACGUUCAUUUAGGGGCCGGUGUAGCUACCAUUAGAUAUUAACAAUUAUUACAUAAUUAAGAAAACUAUUAAGCUGGGUUGGGGGGCGUGUUUUGGGAUUGAUAUUUUGCUCUUGACUGCAAGCGACGACGAAUUUGAACUGUGACUUAUUGUGAGCGAAAGAUUGAUUGUUAAAGAUGUGAAUUAGUUUGAUACAGUCG